AUGUUACUGGGUUCCACUAUUUUUGCAGACAAGACAUUUACACUUGUCGAGGCACGAUACCUCUCACUAUUUAUAGACUUGGAUGGCUUAUCAGGAUACAGUUGGGGAGCAGCUGCGUUGGUUACUCUUUAUAGAUAUCUCGGAGAUGCUUCCAUGUUCAGUUGUAAGCAUCUUGGUGGUUAUCCGACUCUCCUACAGUGCUGGAUUCAUGAGUAUUUUCCAACACUUGGAAAAAAAGGAGAGAAUUGGAUACCAGCUAAUAAUGUGGGUCUCCCUCGAGUGAUGAGAAGGUCCUAUAAGCAAGUUGCCUGGAAGGUGGAUGACUUGCAACCUAUUCUGGAUGAGCUGACACCUGCCGAUGUCAUAUGA